AGUCUUGAGUAGUACACAGAAUCAAUUGCGAUAAAUCUGUAAUUUGCGAUUAAUUACUGUCUUUCUCACUAUAUAUAACACAUACUGCUACUCACUUUCUCUUCCUACUCUUCAGCUUUCCCUAAAGGAAUAGAAUUUAUCGAAAAAUAAAGUAAGAAAUUAAUACUCAAUUUAUUCUAAAGAUCUGCUUCAGCCAUGGCGAUGGCCUUCAAGAUGGCAACGACUGGAAUAUGGGCAACAGAAGAAUGUAAGAGUGCAUUCAUGGAGAUGAAAUGGAAGAAAGUUCAUCGUUACAUAGUUUUUAAGAUCGAUGAAAGAUCUAAGCUAGUGACCGUUGAUAAAGUUGGUGGGGCCGCUGAGAAUUACGAUGAUCUUACAUCUUCAUUACCUGAUAAUGAUUGUAGAUAUGCAGUCUUUGAUUUUGAUUUCGUUACUGAUGAUAAUUGUAGGAAAAGCAAGAUCUUCUUUAUCGCAUGGGCACCAACAGCAUCAAGGAUAAGGGCAAAGAUGUUAUAUGCAACAUCAAAAGAUGGACUGAGAAGAGUUCUGGAUGGUAUUCAUUAUGAAGUACAAGCUACUGAUCCGGAUGAGAUGGGAUUUGAUAUUAUUAGAGACAGAGCCAAAUAAAUUUUCGCAAGACACUCCUAUGCCGAGCAAAUUUGGUGGGGUUGAGACAAUUUUUGCCACUGGAGCUCACUUUUUAGGACAGUCUCUCUAUAUCCUGGCAUCAUAUCAAUUAGUGUUCUCCGUCCAUUUACUCUAUCCAAGACUCCGGCAAGACUUGAAGUUGAAGCCACUUGUGUAUUUGGUGGCAAUUAAAAUUCCGCGCCUCCCUAAUAUAUACUAUUUACCUGCAAUAAGAUCUGAAACCCGUAGAGGUAAAAGAUAAGAAAAUGUGAUUCCCACCGGAGGCCGAGGCAAUGUUGUUUUUGAGCUUCAUUUAUAUCCCCUGCACCAAUGAUUACUUACUGUUGUUUUUUGCUUUGGUUAUAACCAAAUUUUGUUACUAAUGUAACUUAAAUAAUUAUAAUUUGCUAAUAUGCUUCGUUGAAAUCUC